AUGGUGAGCCCUGCCAUCAAACGUAAAUCGGAAAAUAGCUCUGUUCCCGAUCCGAAGAAACUCAAAGGUGGAAGCAUCACUUCAUUUUUUGGAGCUCCAAAACCGAGGUCCCCGAGCACUCAAUCGACCCCGACCCCACGGCCAAGCAGCUUUGAUAAGCAGAAAUGGGUUGCUUCCUUGACGCCGGAACAAAAGGAGCUACUGCAGUUGGAAAUUGAUACUUUGGAUGAGAGCUGGCUAGCUCACCUGAAGGACGAAGUGAUCAGCACGGAAUUCUUGAACCUGAAGCGAUUCCUGAAGAAGGAGAAAGACUCCAAAGUCAAGGUCUUUCCGCCAGAAGAGGAUAUCUACUCUUGGUCCCGAUACACACCCUUGCACAACGUCAAAGUAGUCAUCAUUGGCCAGGAUCCGUACCACAACCACAACCAAGCUCAUGGGCUAUGCUUCUCUGUCCGUGCCCCCGUGCGAGCCCCGCCAUCGUUGGUCAAUAUCUACAAGGGCAUAAAAAUCGACUACCCUGACUUUGAGUCACCACCCGAUAAAGGAGGGUUACUCAUACCUUGGGCUGAGCGCGGCAUCCUGAUGCUCAACACAUGUCUGACUGUUCGUGCUCAUCAGGCCAACAGUCAUUCUAACAAGGGUUGGGAGAAAUUCACACAGAAGGUGAUUGAUCUCGUUGCUCGAGUCCGGACCAACGGCGUUGUCUUUCUUGCCUGGGGCCGGCCUGCUGGAACGAGAGUUGCCAAAGUUAACAAAGAGAAGCACUGUAUUCUACAAUCGGUGCAUCCUAGCCCUCUAAGUGCGCAUAAUGGCUUUUUCAAAAAUGGUCACUUCAAGAAGUGCAAUGAUUGGCUUGCCUCACGGUACGGCGCCGAUGAAAUAAUUGACUGGAGUCUAGUGCCACCCAAAAAAGCUCCAUUGGCCUCCACCUGUGUUUCUGACAAGGAAAACGCGACCACUUUAAUCAACCAGCCGCCGGUUGGGUCUCAGUCCGAGGUCAAGGCCCAGCCUGCCACGGUUGAUGAGUUUGAUGAUGAUGACGCGGUUGAAGCCCUAGUGGCGGCUGAAGCAGAGGCAAAGACUUCAGAUUCAGUUCAGAACUCAACAUGA